AUGUCAGUGCUGCUUGUCUUCUGGUGGACCUGCUUCCUGCUAGACUUGCAUAGCACAGUUACUGCUGGGUAUGUAUUCUCUGCUGGACCUGUGGAUGUGGCUAUCAAACCAGUUGUGCACAGUGACAUGAAUGUGCCUUCUAGGUGGCAAACAUUCCAUCGAAAAUCACGCCAUAUAUUUGUUUUCACAAAUGGAAAUACAUUUGAACCACCUGCAAAAUUAAUAAUACCCCGAUUCACUCUGUUUGAUUGGAAUAAUGUCCUGUCUAUGAUUGGAGAAAAAGUUCACCCUGCCUCAGGGGGUGUGCGAAGACUAUAUACAAUGGAUGGGCUUCUUCUGCACAACUCGAAUGAUUUGGUUGACCACCAUUACUAUGUUGCGUCAGGAUUGGAGCACUUUAAACAUUUACCCUACUGGGAGACAACUAGAAUUUCUAAGGAGGACAAAGAAAGGUAUGCUGAAUGUGAAAAGAACCCACGAAGAAAGAAAAAAAUACCUUAUGACAGUUCUGUCAGUAGCAGAGACAAGGGCUUCGUGGGGCAGCCCAGGACCAGGGUCUGGGGCUCAGUGGUCCACAAUUACAUGCUGUUGAUAACCUCUUUGUUAAAGCAAAAAGGCGAUGUGUAUCCAGCACGCACCUCUAGAAAAGAAAUUCAAGGAGCACAGUAUGUGAAAGAGGAUAAGAAUUUGCAAGUAGACUUGCCAGUUGAUGAGAGACCAGCUGAAGUGGUUAAAGAAGAUGAGGAUAUUUUUGACUUAAUCAGUAGUCAUUCUAGCAAAGAAGCAGAAGAAGAAAGAUUAUAUGAAGAUAUUGAAAGAAAGGUUUGUAUCAACACAUUCUGUAGUUCUGUUGUGAUGGUGGUUAUCGUGUCUGGGGAAAUUAGCAUCCUAGGCAAAGCUGGAAUUUUCCCACGAGUCCUUGAACGGCACCUGUGGGGCAAAGGUGGAGUUAGACAGAUGAGGUUCUGUGAUACCCCGUGA